ACGUCUGUUGCUCUCUACCGGAGACGGAUCAGCGUGUCAACUGACAGCCCUAUGUCCUUCGCCGCUUUCUCAUGGCCGUUUCGCCGCCGGGGCGGGGCUGGCAGCAGUGGCGCAAGCAAGUCCGCCGCCACGGCAGAGGAGGACGAGGAGCUGGGCGUGACCCCGCAGCUCCUCGACUUCCUCCGGACGCUCUCGCCCGACGCCUUCAAGGCCGCCGCACUCCAGCUCCAAGGAGGCUCCACGGAGGCGGCCGCCGGCGACCUCACCAGCUGGCAGGAGCGGCACGCCGUGCUCGUGCUAUCCAAAGCUAAGGAACUCGCCAAGAUUCGGUAUGAUCUGUGCCCUCGGCACCUGAAGGAUAAGCAGUUCUGGAGGAUAUACUUCCUGCUCGCCAAGAGUUACAUCUCACCGUAUGAACUACGUGCCAUACAGAAGGAAAAACUCAGACGGAUGGAGACAGAAAACUGCAAGCCAAAACAAGUGAUCUCUGUUGAGGUGGAGAUGCAAGAAUCGAAGCGCACUAGUCUCUCACAAGCAUCAGAAGUAGAUCUAGAAUCUCAGGUUUAGUUUUGCAGUUAUAGCUUCUAACAGAUCUAGCUUAGGUAACGCAAUCAGUAGCCCUUUUAUGAUUCCUCCACACACCAAAUAGCUCCACGAGUUCUUCAGAUCUUGGAUCGACUCUCGCUAGACUACCAGUCCGCUGUGUGCUUUUGUGUACUGAAACCAAGUAGGUCCUUUCCUGCAUUACGCAGCAUAUGUGCUUGUUGGCUGUGCUCCGAUCCACUGACAUGUAAAUCUAGGGUAUCUUGCGCGUGAACAAAAACGACUGCGUUUCAUGUAGCUAUAGAUUAUGUCAACUUCGAUUCUGCUGUGCAUGUGUUGGACACA